AGAUGGAGAUCUACUUAAAGAGAAGGAGGAAAGCGCAGUUCAAAUGAGGAUCAGCUAUGGAAGAAAACGACACCGAGGUUUGGGAAUGGGUGAAUCGGAAACAACAUGCAUAGAGUUUCGCAGUUCGUGAGAUAAGAAAACAGACCAGAUCGAAGUGGGCGCCGGAGACGAGAAUUCCGGUUGGAAAUCAGCUUGCAUCCGAGGAAAGUGCGGAGACUGUGCGCUUAAAUUAAUAGCUUUCGCCAGGAUCGAGUGUAUUGCCAUUACCUUUGCACCUCAUACUAUGGUGACUACCCCAAAAAUGGAGCUAGAAGGUAGAGAAAAAGAAAGUAUAGUUACUCAAGUUAGCAUUGGUGGAUUUGAUGGUCAGAUCAAAGCAAAAGAUCUUGUGUCAUACUUGGAAGAGAAAAUUGGACUUGUAGAUAGGUGUCGGCUGAAAACUUCUUCGACCCCUCCAGAGUCUUAUCCAGAUUUCAGGAUCACUGAAACAACAAAUAUUGAAAGAACAGAUGACUAUAAGAAGGUGGUACCUCAUGCAUUUGUGCAUUUUGGAUUACCUGAAUAUGUAACUGAGGCAUACAAUGCUGCUGGCCGCUGUGAUCUAUUUUGGCAGAAUCAAAAUUUAAAGGUUAGCUUGGGACCUGAAAAUCCAUACUUCUUAAACCUAAGGAGGAGAACCACAACUCCUUUUAAGUUAUCUGAUGUACGUGUUGAAAUCGGGAGUUUGGUUGACCCAGAGAACUUUUAUGUUGCCUGGAGAGGACCUGAUAAAGGGGUCAACUUUCUGGUAGAUCCAUUUGAUGCCACAUGCAAAAUAUGUUUCAACAAAGAUGUUGUUUUCUCUUUUAAAGGUAUGGAGAAAAAAGCAGUGAUCAAGUGCAACUUUCAGGUGGGAUUCUUGGUCAGAGAUAUACAUGAAAUCAAGAGAUAUGAUGAUACGUCAUCUGCAUCUUUAGUUAUCUUAUUACAGCUGGCUUCGUCACCAUUGGUUUGGUACAGAACUGCAGAUGAUGACAUUGAAGAGUCAGCUACACAUGUUUUGCUAGAUGAUGAUGAUCCGUGGAUCAGAACCACAGAUUUUACUCCUAGUAAGGCCCUUGGCCGGUGUAGUUUUUACAGAAUUUCUAUGCCAGUAAGGUAUCGUAUGAAAUUGCUGAAGACCAUGGAGUAUCUAAAAGGCCAAAGAGUCCAGGAGAUUUCACUUAAUCGGCCUAUUAGAAUAAUGAAUGAACCGUUUUAUGGGGUGCCCUUGUCAGAUCAUUUCUUCAGUAUUCAUUUCCAGAAAGGCAUCACCUUUGACAUUAUGUUUUUGAUUAAUGCAAUUUUGCACAAAGGCAUAUUCAAUCAACACAGGUUGUCGGAUGGCUUUUUUGAGCUGUUGAGAAAACAGCCUAAGGAGGUCAAUGUGGCUGCACUCAAGCACUUGUAUUCUUACAAGCGCCCCAUAUUUGAUGCAGCCAAGAGGCUUAAAAUGGUGCAAGAGUGGUUGCUUAGAAAUCCAAAGCUUUACCAAAUCUCUAAACAGUCAGAUGAUAUUGCAGAGGUUCAUAGACUCAUCAUCACUCCAACCAAAGCAUAUUGCCUACCACCUGAAGUUGAAAUGUCCAAUAGGGUUCUCAGGAAAUUCAAAGAAGUUGCAGAUCGGUUCUUGAGAGUCACAUUUAUGGAUGAAGGCAUGCAGACAAUCAAUGCAUCUGGUCUAAACUACUAUGUUCCUCCAAUAGUGAAGGAGAUCACCUCAAACCCCUUCCCGCAAAAGACUAAUAUAUAUAGAAGGGUGAAGACAAUUUUGGAAAAGGGUUUUCACUUGUGUGGCCGAAAAUAUUCAUUUUUGGCCUUCUCAUCCAAUCAACUACGAGACCGUUCUGCAUGGUUUUUUGCAGAAGAAAAGAGCAUAACUUGCGAUCGCAUAAGAGAUUGGAUGGGGAGGUUUAAUCACAAGAAUGUUGCCAAAUGUGCUGCGAGGAUGGGACAGUGCUUCUCAUCUACAUAUGCAACUGUGGAGGUUGCAGCACAUGAUUCAAUACCUGAUAUCAAGAGGAAUAAUUAUGAUUUCUCUGAUGGAAUCGGUAUUAUUAGACCUGAUCUUGCAAGAGCAGUAGCUGAGAAAUUGAAAUUGGAUGAUGUGCCCUCUGCAUACCAGAUCAGAUAUGCUGGUUUUAAAGGGGUUGUAGCCUGUUGGCCAGCUAGAGAGGAUGGGGUCCAACUUUUAUUAAGACCAAGUAUGAACAAAUUUGAAUCCACCCACACCACUUUGGAGAUCUGCUCUUGGACUAGGUUUCAAUCUGGUUUCCUUAAUAGGCAAAUCGUGACAUUGCUUUCAGCACUGAAUGUGCCCGAUGAAGUAUUUUGGAACAUGCAGGAGGCUAUGGUUUCGAAGUUAAAAAAAAUGCUUGUGGAUGCAGAUGUGGCUUUUGAUGUUCUUACGAAGUCUUGUGCUGAGCAUGGAAAUGCUGCGGCAAUAAUGUUGAGUGUUGGUUUUAGCCCUGAAUUGGAACCUCAUCUUAGAGGCAUAUUAACAUCUGUACGUGCUGCACAGCUUUGGGGCCUUAGAGAAAAGGCCAGGAUCUUUGUUUCAUCUGGGCGAUGGUUAAUGGGCGUGUUAGAUGAGGAGGGUGUGCUUGAACAAGGACAGUGCUUCAUUCAAGUCUCUACCCCUUCUCUUGAAAAUUGUUUUGCAAAACAUGGCUCAAGAUUCAAAGAGACAAAGAAUCUACAAGUAGUUAAAGGUUUGGUGGUUAUAGCUAAAAAUCCUUGUCUUCACCCUGGAGACGUAAGAAUUUUGGAAGCAGUUGAUGCUCCUGGUUUACAUCACUUACAUGAUUGCCUUGUUUUUCCUCAAAAGGGUGAUAGACCCCAUACAAACGAAGCUUCUGGAAGUGACCUUGAUGGGGACCUCUAUUUUGUUACAUGGGAUGAGAAUCUUAUUCCACCCGGUAAGAGGAGUUGGACGCCUAUGGAUUAUAUAUCUCAAGAAAGCAAACUUCUGGCACGUCAAGUUACUACUCGAGUAUGUGUUCUUUCAUUCAUCUUUCUCCCUAAUGUUACAUAG